UGCAGUUUGCUCGAAAUCAUUCGUCUAUCAGUAUUAUUUUAUCCAGUGUUAUAGAACUAUUUAUGUCACUCUAUCUCUUUACAAAAUCCUUUUGGAGAUUAGAUGUUUGUAUAUUUAGUAUAGAAGUAUGGUCAAUAACUUACAAAGUAUCGCACUUAUGUUAUUAUUGCAAAUAUUGCAGCUAAAGAGCAGAUAGUCUGUGCUGCAAAACUUUGACUCGGACUGCGAAUCUGUCGCUGGCAGUUCUUGGAUUCAUCGCGGCUCAAAAAUGCGGUGGUUUCUUGGUUGUGGAAUUCUCCUGAUGGCCUGCAUGAUGGUCGACGCGGACAGAUCGUUUACUGUGGGCAAAGGAGUUUUUCUCAAAGACGGACAGCCAUUUCGUUACAUUUCGGGGACCAUACAUUACUGGAGACAGCUGCCGCAAUACUGGGAAGACACGUUUAAUAAAAUGCGAGCGGCUGGACUUAACACUUUAUCAACAUAUAUAAAUUGGAAUCUUCACGAACCAGAACCGCUGCAAUACACUUUUGACGGUGGACUGGACAUUCGUAAAUAUUUCCAGUUAGCACAAAAGUACGGACUUUUAGUUGUGCUCCGACCCGGGCCCUUCAUAGACGCUGAAGUUGAUAUGGGUGGCCUCCCUUACUGGCUGUUGAGAUUUAAUUCCACCAUGAAGUUACGAACCAGUGAUCCAUCAUACUUGCAGUAUGUGGAGCGUUGGUAUCGGAAAGUGCUCCCGAUGUUGAAAGAUCUCACUUAUGCCAAUGGAGGCCCAAUCAUUACCGUUCAGAUCGAGAAUGAGUAUGGAAGCUACCCUGCGUGCGACAAGGUAUAUCAGAACUUUUUGAAAAAGUUGGUUUUGGAGAUAAUGGGCCCAAAUAUCGUGCUGUAUACCACGGACGGACCACUGGAUUACAUGUUAUCAUGUGGACGGGUAGACGGCACUUUGACGACAUGCGAUUUUGGAGCUGGCGAUAAUGCCACUAACGAGUUUGCGGAAUUGAGAAAGUUCAAUAUAGAUGGACCGCUUGUUAAUAGUGAGUUUUAUCCUGGCUGGAUUGACCAUUGGGGCGAAGCAUGGAACACAGUCAGCACAGCCGAUGUGCUUGCGACCGCUGAGCAGAUGUUACAAAUGAACGCAUCCUUUAAUGUUUAUCCCAUUCGAGGCGGCUCGAAUUUCGGUUUUUCGGUUGGAUCUAAUAUGGGAAGCGAAUUCCAACCGGUGACCACAAGCUAUGAUUUCGAUGCGCCCCUGAGCGAAGCCGGUGACCCCCGGGAUAAAUAUUACCAAUUCCGUCAGCUUGUUGGCAAAUAUUCGCCGUUACCACCCGGUCCAGUCCCGCAACCAUCUCCAAAAGCAGCUUAUGGCAAAGUUCAGAUGAGUUUUGCGGGCACAGUUUUCGACAAUCUGAAGCAGUUGUGCCCCGAUGGACCAGUUGUUUCGCCCACUCCUUUGUCGUUUGAACUGUUGGAGCAUGGAUACGGUUUUGUGUUAUAUCGGACAGUUGUGAAAGAGCGACACAGAGAUCCAGCUAUUUUAAAUGUUCCCAAUCUGGCGGACCGCGCUAUUGUUUUUGUGGAUCAGAAACCUGUUGGAAUUCUGAGCCGCUCAGCAAAUAUUUUUACGAUCGCGAUUUACGUUCAACCUGGCCAAACUUUAGAUAUUCUAGUACAUAACGAAGGGCGAAUAUGUUACGGAACUGGAAUCAACGAUAUGAAAGGAAUUUUGGGCAACGUUACGAUUGACAAAACUGUCUUGACUGAUUGGGAAAUGUUUCCGUUGGAUUUGCCCAAUUAUCCAUCGUCAGAACUUGUUCCGCUUGGUUUUGAGCAAAAGGAAUUGUAUUCGAAGUCGCACACUCGCAUUUCCGGAUUUUACUCUGGAUCUUUCUUGGUUGACCAGAUACUCGAUACAUUUCUGAAUAUGGACGGGUGGACCAAUGGCUACGCAUUCGUCAAUGGUUUCAAUCUGGGCCGAUAUUGGCCGGUACAAGGACCUCAGAUAACUCUGUAUGUUCCCGGAGCGAUUCUGAAACAAGGGGUUAAUGUCGUGGAAAUAUUCGAACUGGAACAUGCGCCAUGUGUUUUGGAUUUCCAGUGCCACAUAGAAUUUGUUGAUACAGCAGUUCUCAACGGAACCGUCCCAGUCCAACCGAAAAAAGUGAAAUCUUCGCCUAAACCUUGGGGAUUGAAAAGAAAAUGGAUGUGAAGCGAAUUCACAUGGCAUCCAUACUGGUUUUUGUGGUAUUGAUUGCUUUUUCGGUGAUAUAAAUUGAAAAAUUGUUUAUCCAUACGGUUUUCUACAAUUCGUUUUGUAUUUUUACAUUUUUUUACCUUUUCUAUAUUGUUAUUUUGUUAGUGCUAUUGAAUGAUUGUUCACUGUUGUUGUUACAGAUGUACGUAAGUACUACAGCAAGUACGAGAGUGUCGUGUUGAAAGAAUAAACUAUUACG